UUGUUUAGGAAGAAGACUUUGGAGUCAGAUUUAGAAAGACGUCUUGAGAUUGAGAAAUCCGGAACACCGGAUGUUAGUGGAGAAGUUUUGCGAGAACUGGAAAAACCGCUGGACUACGAAAUCGAAACUGCCCAGCAAUUCCAAGCAAGAAUGGCUCAUGUACGUAGUUUGAUGAGCGAACUCCUUGUAAGAACAAAUCUCAAUGAAUGGGCUGCCCAUACGGAAAUGGCUGAACAAGAAAGUGAAGUAGUGAUGAAGAUCAGAGAUGCAUGUAAAGCCAGAGAAAUGCUAAGAGAGGCAUUGCUGGAAAGCCAAGCGAAAGCUGAAAAAGCAAUGGCUGAGAGGAAAACUCGUUAUGAAGUUAAGAUUUCUCAGUUUUUGGCAGCGAAACCUGUUCAAGAUUGUUUUAGGAGCUACAAAGACUCGAGGCAGAACUGGAAGCUUGCUCAGCUGAAACAUGGCUUGCAGUCACAGAAAAGAACAGGUGGGAGAUUCAAAUAA